AUGACAUUAGAGCAAGCUGUAAAAUAAAUUAUAAUUUAGUUAUCUGAAGAUAGAGAAUAUCUAAGAUUGUAAAAAUUAACUGAAGCAUUAAAAUUAAUAACAAAUGAAAUGCCUUAUAUGAAAUCUUUUAAUUAAGUGUCGACAAUAAAAUAUUGUAAAACAUUGUAAUUUAAAAAAAGUAUUAUGUGCAUAUCCAUUCAAUCCAAUAAGUGUGGAACUUGUAAUUACUAGUUUAAUAGAUCAUUUUUAAGAUGAAUAAUUUAUUUAUACAUUUUUUUCAGCAAUAAUGGAAUUGGCUUCAAUAUAAGAAAUGAACAAUAUAUUAGGACAUCGAAGAUCAAAAGUAAUGGAUAGGUAUUUAAUAUUAAAAUUAUUUGAGUUUUUCAUUAAUAAAAUCCUCGAAUGUUCCUCACUAAGUAGGAUAAAGGUAUUGUAGAGCUGUUUAUGAAAACAUUCUAGAAGCCAAAAAAUUUGCUUGUUAAUAUUUAAAAUAACUUUUCGAUAGUGCGAUAUAAUUUUAAUAGGAUAUAUAGUACUUUUCUAUAGUGUUUAAGUUGAUGAUCAAAAAUUCAAGUAAUACUGAAUUUAUUCAUUUUGUUAUAUAAAAAUAUGAAGAAUGUAAGACUGAAUUAUUUGGUAAUCAUAAAUGGAUAGAUGACUUAGAUGAUGAGAUUAUUGAAUGUAAAGGUUUUAAGAUUAUAAUUAGAUUUUGAAUAAAGUUAAAUUCCUAUGCCAUUUGCUGUAAAUAAAGGUUAAGAAGAAUAAAGAUAAGAUAUUAAAGUGAACACAAUACAAAUUAAUGAUUUAUAAAAUAAAGUUGAAAAUUCAGAUUCUGAUUCCUCAUUUUUGGAUGAGGUAGAUUUGAUGAAAAAAGAAUUCGAAACAUUGUAGGUGAAUAUACAGAAAUGGCUUUGUAUUAUUGGAACUCCUUCUAUAAAAUCUCGAAUAGAAUAUAUAAGUGAUGAACAUCAUUUCGAAUAUUUAAUGUCUUUCAUUUUCAAUCCGUUAAAACAUGAGACAAUUAAAGAUUGGGUAUAUAUUAAUAUUAUUUAUAGGAAGAUAAAUUUAAUAAUCUUUAAGUAGAUGUUGAAUAAACUGAUUAUAAAAUAGAAUCAUAAUUACCUUCAAAAUUUUAAUUGAUAAGAUCUUACAAAACUACAUUAAUUUUUUUGACUGAUGAAAACUUCUAGUCAAUGAUUUAAAUUGUUCCAAAAUUAAUCCCAAUACUUCGUAUUUUAUUUAAGUUAUAUUUAAGUUUAUCAAAUAAAAAUAAGCUUGGAAGAAAAAAGCAAAUCAGUUAAUCUUUUACAUAUUAGCUGUAUAUUAGAUAAAUUUCUUCAGAAAUAUCCAAAAUCCACAUUACUUUUAAUGACAGAAAUGAAUCUAUUUUAAAUUCUUGGAAAAUAUAUUUAUAAUAAUAAAUUAGCGACUAUUUUAGUUGAUAUUUUAGAUAUCCAAAUUGAUAGAUAUUUCAUUGGUGCUUUAUAUCAAGAAUAAUUAUGGAGAUAUUUUUUAAAAAUUAAUUGGUUCGAAACUGUAUCAACUCUUUUAUUAAAUAAUAAUUAAUAAUUUUAAAUUUUGGAAAUUAAAGAAAACUAAAAAUUCACAUAAAUUCUCAGAUCAUUUGCACAAAGUGAAAAAGAGAAAACCCCACCAAUUAUUGAUUGUGAUGAGAAAAAAAAAUUAACAGAUUUUCUAGGAACUUUAUAAGCAGGUAAGACUAUGGAAGAAUAUUAUAAUUCCAACUAAUUAAAUUGGUAAAUUAAUUAAAAUUUAAGAGAACAUCUGUUAUAUAGUGAAAUUGAAAUUCAAGAUAUUGAUGGAUUAAAGAAAUUUGUUAAAGAAAGAGAUUCAAAUCAUUAACGAUCUUUACAUAGAAUUAAAACUUCAUAAAUGAUUAAAACUAUUAAAGUCAUAAAUCAAAUUAAAAGAAAGCCUUCAGAAGUUAUGAGAUUUAUUUAAAUUAAUAAACCAAUUUUAAGAGGUUUUCAUGGACAUAGAAGAAAUUGUGAAAGUAUAGAUUUUUAAUCAGAUACUAUAAGAGAAGAUGAAAAUAAUUAUGGAGAGUUUAAACUUCAUAAUUCUAAUCCAGGAAGUUUUAGGGCUAGCUAAUAAAAUUCUGAGGAUGGAGAAGAUGAUUUAGGAUCUCUUUCUCCUAGAAAACUUAAAAUAUAUCCUGGAUAUAAAUUACAUUUGUAUGUUAGUGAAUUUGAAAAGAAUGAAAAUAAGUUUAAAAUCAAUAAACUUUAUUCAUAAGAAGCAAUCUAAUUGCUUAAAUUUCAAAUUAAUUCGUUUUUUAAUUUCUUAGAUUUGUAACAUACAAAUAAAAUCAAAGUUGAAUAACAAAAAAUUGAUAUUAAACCUAUCAUAAACUCUUUAUUAACAUUUUAAAUCAUAAUGAAACUUCAUUAAUUUUUUUUAUAUGGAAUCUUAAAAGAAGAAACAUCUCUAGAGUUUUAAUUAGCAGAAGAAUGUGGAAUUAUUGUUAAUUAAAUAUAUAAAUACUCUCUUCUAUAUUAAGAAUUACUUGAAAUUAAACCUAUCUUAGAGGAAAUAUUUUUAUAAGCAGCAGAAUAUUUGUGCAAAUUGAUAGUCAAAACAUAUCAAACUUCUAAUUAAGAUUAAAUUUCUGCUAAUAGGAAAAUUUAAACAUUUUUGCUUCUUACAUUUAAAUAAGGAUAUUAAGUAUUUCAUUUUGAUCAUCAUACUAAAGAAGACUAUGGAGUUCAUAAAUUUUUUCAUUCAACAGUUAUUCAUAUAAUCAUUUAUUGGUUUUUUAAUAGUCAAAACAAUAAUCUGUAUUAAAAUGUAUUUUUAAAGUAAUAACUAUUUACUAAUAUAUUUUAGAUUCAUUACUUUAGUUUUGGCAAAUGCUCCACCUGUAAUUUUAAGUAGUAUAUUAUUUAGACUUGGAUUAAUAGGCUUACUUUUUGAUACAUAUAAUAUUUAUUGUUUAAAUGGAAGUGAACAUGUUCUUUUAGCAGAUGGUCUACUUGCUCAUGUAAAAUGCAUUGUUUAUUCAAUUAAUGCUUCAAUAACAUAUAGAUAGUUAACAACGAUCUAAUUAAAUCUUAAAUGUCUUGAUUCAUGGAAAAAACUAGCAGAUGUUAAUUUUAAAGGAGAAUUAUCAAUCUAUAAAGAUAUUAAUUUUAUUAUUAAUCCAAACUUUAAUUUUAAACAUAGCAAAAUAAAUUUCUAUUCUUCUUAAAUGUCUAUUGAAAAUAAUAAUGAAUAAAAUAACACCCCAAAAUUAAGUAGAGUUAAGAAUUAAUACAAUUCAUAAAAAAUUAAGGGAAAUUAUAAAAUUUAAAAUAAGCUUCCUCUCUUAAAUCCUAUCAAUGAAAAAUAAAAAGUUUUGUCAAAAACAUUUAGCCAAAAUAUAAAACGAUGA